AUGGGAUUGGAAAUAUCUAUUGUGUUCUCCAUCGCUUUUUACUCGAAAUGCUUACAUUCAGACGUUGUAAAGCUUCUUCGUGAAUGGGAUGAAUACUUGAGCAAAGCACUCGUCGCUCCCCCAUCGUUGCGAAACGUCCUUAUGUGGAUCGAAUACACAGUCAAUGGCAUCCCUUGGCUUGUUGGCAGUUCUUUGGCACUAGUAUAUUCAGUCAGUGCACAGUGGAGUCCACUUACGCAACAUCGACUCGUUGUACUUAAUUUUGGGCUCUUAGUGGAUCUAUGUAUCAGUGGCAUGUUGAAGCUCAGUAUUCAACGACCGCGACCAGGUUACAAUAUCAACGAUCAGGUAUUUGAAGCUCCUGUUUUCGACCGCUUUUCGUUCCCUUCAGGACACACCUCAAGAGCAGCAAUGUUGACAGCAAUAUGUAUUCGAUUUUUUCCGAAGUACUGUUUUGCCACUGUAGGAAUGACCUUGCUGGUCGGUUUCAGCCGAGUUGCUAUGGGAAGGCACUAUUUGAGCGAUGUGCUUGCAGGCUUCGCUCUUGGUUAUUUGGAAGGUCUGGCCGCUCUUUCACUGCCGUAUUCUAUUAGCGCAUGGGUGAGAAAAGUAUUGCGGUGA